CGCGCGGCGCAGAGUCACCGGAGAGACGCCGGGGAGCAGAGCGGCAGCGCGGCUCCGUCUGACCCGGAUGAACCGACCCCGCGGCGGCGGACCCGGCUCCCCGCUGGGCCCCCGCGGGUAGCGCGCCGCCCCCCCCCACGGACUCCCACAGACGCGUGGCUCGUUUCCCCGCGCGUCGCCGCCAUGCUGCGGGGCAAGGUGCGGGCCCUCGCGGUCCACCUGGACGGCUCCGAGCGGACCGACCUGCCGGCGUUCUCCGGCGGGGACCCGGUGUCCGGGCGCGUGGUGGUGGAGGUUACCGGGGACGUGCGCGUGAGGCGCCUGGACGUGACCGCGCGGGGAGUCGCCAAGGUGCGCUGGACCGAGUCCCGCAACGCCGGAGCCAACACGGCGUACACGCAGAACUACACCGAGGAGGUGGAGUACCUGCGCCACCAGGACACGCUGAUCGGGCAGCCGCGAGAUGAAGACGGAUCAGAAGAAGCUCUCACGGUUCUGCACGCCGGCCUCCACGAGUUCGCCUUCAGCUUCAACCUGCCCCACAUGGCCCUGGCCACCUCCUUCGAGGGGAAGCACGGCAGCGUGCGCUACUGGGUGAAGGCGGAGCUUCACCGGCCGUGGCUGCUGCCACUCAAAGUCAAGAAAGAGUUGAUCGUGUUCGAGCACAUCGACAUCAACACGCCGCUGCUGCUGGCUCCUCAGGCCGGCUCCAAGGAGAAGACGCUGUGCUGCUGGUUCUGCGCAUCGGGCCCAAUCUCCCUCAGCGCCAAGAUCGAGCGGAAGGGCUACACUCCAGGCGAGUCCAUCCAAAUCUUCGCCGAGACGGAGAACUGUUCGUCCCGGGUGGUGGUGCCCAAGGCCGCCCUGUACCAGACCCAGACCUUCUAUGCCAAGGGCAAGGGCAAGCAGAUCCAGCAGCUGGUGUCCAACCUGAGGGGCGACCCCCUUCCGCAGGGCAAGAGCCAGAGCUGGGAGGGCAAGCUGCUGAAGAUCCCCCCGGUGUCGCCCUCCAUCCUGGACUGUCCCAUCAUCAGGGUGGAGUACACCCUCGUGGUGUACGUGGACGUCCCUGGCGGGUUGAACUUGUCCCUCUCGUUGCCGUUGGUGAUCGGGACCAUCCCCCUGCACGCCGGCGCCUCGCGCUCCUCCAGCGUGAGCAGCUGCUGCAGCACGGCGAGCUGGCUGGGUCUGUCCCCCGAGGCGCCGCCGAGUUACGGCGAUCUGGAGAUAUCGGAGUCCCACAGGAGGGAGUGUCUGCGGGGCUGUGACGGGUGCGACGGGGGGGCGGACCGGGGGUCUCUGCUCACUUACAUCACCGAGUUCAGAUAUCUGCCCCCCCCACUCUACUGCGAGAUGGACCCUUACCCUGACCCGGGAGAGGUCAGGAGACCAAACACAUAUCCGUCCCGCUGAGGACCGGCCCAGGGCCAGAUGAUGUACCCGCACUAAGACCCUCCCUGACUCCGGGGGGGGGCGGCUGAGGGAGUAUUCGGCGCCCGUUGGCGUAAUCGACCGGGGGGUUCUGGGCCGUGUGGAACCUCCACAGGGAAUUUUGCACAAACCGUCUUCACUGUUUUUCCUUUCGGUGUUUUUUCUAUUCUGCAGCCGGUCGGCCUUUUUUAUUUAUUCCUGAGGUCGAUCGUGUGUGUGUGUGUGUGUGUGUGUGUGUGUGUGUGUGUGUGUGUGUGUGUGUGUGUGUGUGUGUGUGU